CUCUGUGUGGACUUCACCAACAUGAACCAAGCAGUUCGCAGAGAAAAAUUUAUCCUGCCUUCCGUUGAGCACACGUUAGGGAUGCUAGCAGGUGCAACAGUUUUUAGCAAACUGGAUGCCAACAUGGGCUUCUGGUAGGUGCCAUUAACAGAGGAGUCUGCUAAGUACACCACUUUCAUAACACCUUUUGGGCACUACUAUUUUAAUCGGUUGCCAUUUGGCAUUGCAUCAGCCCCAGAACAUUUUCAGAAAAUGAUGGUGACUGAGGUGACCAGCGGCCUAGCAGGUGUGCUGGCCGACAUUCUGGUUUGGGGCAAGACCCAGGAAGAGCACGAUGUGUGGCUGCAUGCGUUGCUGGAGAAAGCACAAAAGGCAGGCAUCACACUAAAUAUCGAUAAAUGUGAGUUCACAUGCCACACAGUCAGAUUUUUGGGUCAUGUGAUCUCAGCAGCAGGGGUCGAGCCAGACCCAGAAAAGACAAGUGCAGUUCAGGAGAUGAGUACACCCACCAAUGUCAGUGAACUGAGGAGUUUCCUGGGCAUGGUGAACCAGUUGGGGCGGUUCAUACCAAAUCUGGCAGAGAAAGACAAAGUUUUGCGGGAUCUGCUGUCGAAAAAGAACCACUGGUACUGGGGGCCAGAGCAGCAGACAGCUUUUGAAAGACUAAAAAAAGAACUUUCAUCACCACCAGUGCCCACACUGUAUGACCCAAACAGUGAGCUGAAAAUCUCCGCUGAUGCAUCCUCUUUUGGACUGGGAGCGGUUCUGCUGCAGAAAAACAAUGCUGAGUGGGCGCCUGUAGCGUAUGCAUCCAGGGCGAUGACAGCGACUGAGCAGCGAUAUGCACAGGUGGAGAAAGAGGCGCUGGCUGCGACAUGGGCGUGUGAAAGUUUCAGCUGCUUUGUUCUGGGCAGAUCAUUUGUGUUGGAAACUGACCAUAAGCCUUUGGUGAGUCUGCUGGGUGGCAAAGCGUUAGACGACCUUCCACCUAGGAUCCAAAGAUUUAGAAUGAGGCUCAUGCGCGACAACUACAAAAUCUCGCAUGUUGCUGGAAAAAACUUAUGGACAGCAGACACCCUGUCACGCGCCCCCCUCAGAGCAUCAGGAGCACACACAGGUGCAAGCCUGCUAGAGGACACUAAUAUCUAUGUGGACUCUGUCAUCAGCAACCUACCUGUCAGUGGAGACUAUCUGAGCAACCUUCGUGAUCAUCUGAAAGCAGACAGUGCAUGUGCUGCGCUGAUGGAGUUCUGUAGAGAUGGGUGGCCAGAUAAAAACAGACUGCAGGGGGUGUUGAAACAGUACUGGGCUGAAAGAGCUGUACUGACGGUGCACGAUGGACUGCUGCUGCGGGGCACAAGGCUAGUCAUCCCAUCGUCUUUGCGUAAUGAUGUGCUAGAAAAAUUACAUGAAGGACACAUGGGCGUGACAAAGUGCAGGGAAAGGGCCAAACAAACAGUAUGGUGGCCGGGGCUCAGUAAUCAGUUGAGUGACAUGGUGUUAAGAUGCCGCACUUGCAUCCAAGAGAGAACCAAUGUUAAAGAGCCACUGAUGCCAAGUCAGAUGCCGGACAGGCCUUGGCAAAGACUCGGAGCUGAUCUGUUCACACUGGACAGCAAAGAAUAUCUGCUCGUCGUGGAUUAUUUUUCCCGUUUUGUGGAAAUUGCACAGCUCUCAUAUACACGGUCCAUGGAUGUGGUGGUGCACCUGAAGUCGAUUUUUGCACGUCAUGGCAUUCCUCAGGUUCUUGUGACAGAUAACGGGCCGCAGUUCUCAGAGCAACACCUCUACAAAACGGCUACAGUCCAGCUGAGCUGUUAAUGGGGCGUCGACUUCGCACUACUGUUCCUGCCCUUCCGUCCCUGUUGGAUCCAGCUCUGCCUGACUACCACACGUUGGGAGCCAAAGAGAGGGAGAAGAGGUGGAGAGAUGCAAGAACCUUUGACAAGCGACACAAAGCGAGAAACCUUGAACCACUGGUUCCUGGGCAAGAGGUCUGGAUCACAGAUGCGAGAGCUCAAGGUACAGUGAUUUCUGCGCAUGAGGCUCCCCGCUCGUAUCGCAUCAAAGUGCCUCAGGGCACACUGAGAAGAAACCGACACCACCUGGUGUCAAUGCAGACUGACGGAGAGGGAGUCGAACCUGUUGAUGAACCUGUGGGAGAAGAUACACUUACUCCGGCUCCAACAGACCAGACACCACACAGUGGAGAAAAUAUCACAGAGACUGUCCGCACAAGGUCAGGAAGAGUCGUCAGGAAACCAGAUAGACUUAACUUGUAAAUGAAAAAAAAAACAAAGAAAGUAAAU